AUGGAUACCCCGGAGGCUGACCUCACCACUCGGACGCUGCUGAAGAAGGUCCUGCGCACAGAGCCCACCCGGUCUCCUGUCCUCUCCCAGGCCACAAAUAAUGUCGAAGCUCAGCAUUCCAAUACAACAGAAGACCUCUCAUUGCUGUCUGCAGGUCCCACAAGUUCCUUCAAUCUGUCCCUGAAGACGCCUCACGUGGAGCUGCUCACAGGCAGGCAGGGGAUGCAGAGGAAGGCCGUGAAGCGGAAGGCCAUCAGCGUGGAGGCCUUUGAGGAAGGGGCUCGGAAUUACCUGGAAAAGAAACGGGGAGCAGAUACUGGGAAGGGCUCUGACAGUCUGUGUAAGGCGCUGAGUGAGACGGGCGCGCUGGAGAAAUUCACGCUGGGACUUAGCGCGUCGACGAUGCCAGACAUCACGGAAAUCAUGAUGAAUAACACAGAGCUGUACGCGCAGCCCAAGUCCUCGAGGGGCGGCCCCCCCGACUCCGCCUCCCUCCUGUCAGAGCACAGAAAUGACGCCAGUCUCGCGCAAGGCCAGCAGCCAGCGGAAUUGGAAAGGCAUGGAGAGCAGAGUUUGGAAGAGGUCCAGGCAGGGGAAGGAGCAGAAGAUGAGGAAGAGGAGGAAGCUGGAGCUGAGAAGACAGGUGUGAAGACCCCAGAGAGCAGACUGCAGGAGGAGGAGGAGGAGAUGGCGCAGGAGGAAGAGGAGGAAGCUGAAUCGGAGAAGACAGGUGUGAAGACCCCAAAGAGCAGACUGCAUGAGGACGAGGAGAUGGAGGAAGAGGAGGAAGCCGAAUCAGAGAAGACAGGUGUGAAGACCCCAAAGAGCAGACUGCAUGAGGACGAGGAGAUGGAGGAGGAGGAGGCAGAAGCAGGAAAGACGGGUGUCAAAACCCCAGAGAGCAGACUACGUGAGGAAGAGGAGAGGGCGCAGGAGGAGGAACUGGAAGAUGGAGGCGAGAUCGGAGACGAACAUUCAGAUGCUGCGCGAUCAGAGGCAGAGCAGGCAGCAGAAGGCCCUGACAGCGAGGCGGAGGGGGGACUGGGUGAGCUGGAAGGCGAGAGCGAAGGCUGGUCAGUAACGGAGGAAAGAGAGAGGGCGAAGGAGGGAGAAGACGAUGAAAACGAAGCCGACAUGCCAGAGGAGGUGGAGGAGGAAGUAGGUUGGGUGGGGAGUGAGAGCGUGAGUGCAAGGGAGGAGGAGGAGGAAGAGGAGGAGGAGGAGCCACAGCAGCAGACCGAACACGCUGCCCGGAGAGCCACUCGCUCGCAGGCUGGGAUCAAGGAGAACGUCUCUGAAUCGCUCCAUGAAGCAAAGGGCUACAGGAGUGUCGCUGAGGUGCAAGAGCCUGCUGACACAGAAACCGAGAGUCCUGCAGUUCUGUCUGGCACACUUUCCAGACGCAGAGCAUCCAGUCUCGGACAGAAGUCAAAGACCAGGCCAAGUGAGCCUGCUACAGGUUCAGACUCUCCUCUCGGAUCUCUAGGAGGAUCACCUAAGGCCUUGUCUUCUCCCCCAAGACAGCAGAGAAGGACUCUGGUGGGGGUGGAUGAGUCUCGGGGUGCAGUAACGAGGAGUGAGGCUGCGGCAGACUCAUCCUCUCCUCUUAGCUCUGCUGGUGGAGCUUCCUGGAGUAAGGGGCUGUCUUCUCCCCUGGCAAAGCAAAGCAGUCUAAGCCUGGAUGCUGAUGUCCCCAACAGUGAAGGAACAGACAUGCUGAGGGACCAAGAGGCAAAACAUUUGAGCAGCCACCAUACAGGAGAGGCCUGGGACAAGGAUGAUUCUGCCUGUGCCCCAGAGCUGGAGGACUCUGGCCCUCAAAGGGCACCUUUACCAAGCACCUCAGCAGCAGGUGUCUCAAAUCAUUUAAGGAGGAAUGAGGAAGAGCAGGACCUCAGUACACAGUGGACAGAAGUCACAGAGAACAGUAUAGAUGAUGCUGGAUCAUCUCGAAGUGAAGAAUUGACACUGAAAACUCCGGCUUUUCUUCGUGACAAAAAACCUGCGAUAACACCAAGUGCCCUCCCAACACCGACCUUUCUCCAAGAAAAAAAACAGAGGAAGGUCCCUCCUCCUGCCCAGCUGAAGCCCCCGAGGAAGCCCAGAGCUGCGAAACAGAAAGAGGAUCCUAGCCUGCCUAAGGCAUACGUCAUGUCAGUCUUCUCCCACUUCGCCAAGACCAAGGUGUCCCGCGAUGUCUACCCCGUUCUCCAGGAGAUUUUGGAUAAGUACUUUGAGCGUCUGGUGGAUGACCUGGAAGCAUAUGCAAAUCAUGCCAAGAGGAAGACUAUUGAAAAGCAGGAUGUAGAGCUUCUUCUUAGGAGGCAAGGGCUUGUGCCAGACGGUGUGCCUGUGAAUGUGCUAAUUGAACGUUACCUUCCCAUGGAGUACCGGAAGCUGCUGAUCCCCGUGGCUACAAGUGGGAAUAAGGUUUUUCCAAAGCAGUAAAGGUUUUCUCACCACGUCUUUCUUAAUGUGUGUUUUAUCACAGGGCACUAGAACAUGCUCAUUUCUUUCACUGUAACUCUAAACAUUACAAGGCUAUGCUGGUAUUAAAACUGCUCAUCAUAAAAAGCAGCAGAAGACAAAAGUAGUAACCAUUUAUUUUUUGGUGUAGUGCUUCCAGAUCCCCUAAUUAAUGCAGAUUUUACUGUAACAGCUUUGAGAAUUUAUGCAACAUUUCCUCUUAUUGUGCUGUUUUUAAGUGUUUGUGAAGUUUCUCCUUUUCCUGUACAAAUAAAGGUUUGUUCAAAUUAAA